AGCUUGUUACAGCAAUCAUCGUUUGUUCUUAUUCUGUACGGUAGAUUCAUUCCAUAACUACAAACCCUAAUACUCGAUCCUUGAAUUCAUUUACUCACACUAUGAAUUUCUUCAAUUCCAUUCUGUCAGAGGAUUCAGAUCCUCCAACACCCGACAACCCCUGUAACCCGGAUUCCGAAUCAGAAUCCCCACUGAAAAGGAAUCAGGAUCCGGAUGAUGUUGGACAGGACCCGGAUUACAUUUCACCGCCACCCAAAAGCCCGAAUUUUGAUUCAUCAAGUGGUGGUAGAAUUAGUGGCGGAGGAUGGAGUUUUGGGGGUCUGAUCAAGACUUUUGCGACCCAAUCUGAGUCGGUGCUGGAGACGUACAGGCGGGAUCUUAAGGAAUUCGGAUUGGGUCUCAGGAAGGAGUCGGAGAUCAUCCGAGAAGUCGCCAACCGAGCCGUGAAGGACCUUCCGGCUUCGCUCGAGGCCGGUGCGUCGGCUGCUCAUGGUUCACUGGAAUCUGUCGGACAGGCACUUGAUGGGGUGCUCAAAUCAACUGCUGAAAUAAUUUCCCAAGGGAAAGAGAGCCUUCUUUCAGGCUCGGAUGGGGAGUCUGAAACGCCUGACAUUAGUAAGAGCUUGAGUUUGGGUCGGUACAGCCGGUUUGAUGCCCAAUUGAAUGCAAUCCAGUCUGAUGUGAACACUUUCAGCAAAGAUCCAGAGGAUUUGGAGGAGUAUCGAAAGUGGAAAUCGGUGUUUACAUUAAUGGAGAAGAGCAAUGACGUUGAGGGGCUAAUUGGAGAAACUGGGGUUUUGGAGAGCCUUUACAAAAGGCUUGUUCCUAGUACAGUUGAUCACGAGACAUUUUGGUGUAGGUACUUCUAUAAAGUGCAUAGGCUCAAGCAGCAAGAGAGCGUACGGGCUAAUCUUGUUAAGCGGGCAAUUUCUGUUGACGAUGAUGAGGAAUUAUCUUGGGAUGUAGACGAUGAGGAGGAGGAUAAUGGAUGGGAACAAAAGGGUAAUGCAAAGGCAGAACAUAAAGAUGAUUCGAGAAAUGACAAUUCUAAUGAUAAGAAUUUGAGCCGUGUUGAGAAACAAGAGGAUCCAAGCAAUGAGUUGCAAAAUAAGGAUGAUGGAGAUCAUUCAAUUGUGGAUAAUGUUGACAAGAAUAAUGCAUUUGACUUGAGCAAGAAGAGCAGUGACAAUGUUUCGUCUGAUGAGAAGGCAAAUUCUCAAGAAAUAAUUGAAGCUAAAGAUGAUGAGAAAGUGGAGUCUGAACAAAUAGCUGAAGAGAUGAAUGAUGAGAAAGUGGAGUCUGAAAAAAUAGCUGAAGAGAAUAAUGAUGAGAAAGUGAAGUCAAAUGAGAAGGCUGAUGAGGAGGCGAAGGGUGAAAAGAAUGGUGCUGGUAAAGAAAAUGCGGUAUCAAGUCAUCAAUCUGUUGCAGUGGAGGAUUUGGAAUGGGAUGAGAUCGAAAAUAUUGAGAGCCAUGAUGAAAAGAAAAUUAGUACUACUCAUGGUGGGAGCCCGAACAGAGCUGAGUUGAGGAAUCGGUUGAGCAUUGCAGAAGAAGAUGAAGAUUUGAGUUGGGAUAUUGAGGAUGACGAUGAUGCACCAGUGAAAGAUUAAUGUUAUGCCAACGAUAAAAACAAGAGGAUAAAGAUACCGAUGAGCUUUGUGGGGGCAUGAACUUAUUAAAAGUCAAUCGUAUAAGUGUUGGAAUUGGGAGAGCUGAAGAAGUCAUAGUAGUGUUUCAGCUUCUUACCCCGUAAAUAUAAAUAUAAAGAACACAAAUGUAUUAACUUAUGCAAUUUGUUCCAUUCUUUUGAUUGUUUGUUCAUUUGGCUCUUUGUUUGAUAAGGUGGAAGGUUACUCUUCCCUCUAUCCCAUUGUGUUUCAAAGCUACACUUGUUUCUUUGGCCUCUGUUUCUGUUUGAUAAACAGAACAAUUGUAUUCAUAAUUUAACACUGUAACUGUUCUUCCUCUUGGGAAAAAAAUUAUAUUUUUCCUUCUUCAAUAAUAAUUCUUGCUAUGAGCUA